AUGGAGCGUGACUUUACUGUGGUCUUUCGCGUGCGGCCUUCGCUGCUCGACACCGCGUCAACCACGGGGCUCGUUGAGGCUGCCUCCACGGGCGAGCUGACCGUCAACGAGCCGCGCACCAAGCUGCACACUUCCGCGGACGAGUACACUCCGCACACCUUUGCCGCCGAUGCAGCCUACCUCGCCGCAUCGACGAGCGACGACGUUUUCCGCGCGCACAUUGCGCCGCUCAUCCCGUUCGUCCUCACCGGCGGGUUUGCCACCGUGCUGGCGUACGGCCAGACGGGGAGCGGCAAGACGCAUACGCUAUCGCAGUGUUCGCGCCUCGCGAUUUCGGCGCUCGUGGCCGCCAACGCCGAUUCGUGCCACAUCGAGGUGUGCGCGAUCGAGCUGUACGGCAAGGCCCAGAACGACCUGCUCGAUGCCAGCAACACGCGCGUCAUGGUCGCCGAGACGCUGCAGGCGAGCAGCACGUUUGCGCGCGCCACGCUGCGCACCGUCUCGAGCGCCGACGAGCUGCUAUCGCACGUCGAGGCAGCUUGGGCGCAGCGCAUCACGCGCGGCACGGAGAAGAAUCCGCACAGCUCGCGAUCGCAUGCGCUCAUCCGCAUCAUCUGCCGCUCCAAGCUCGAUGCCAACGCCACUCCCGGUGUUUUGCAGCUCGUGGAUCUCGCGGGCUCCGAACGCGCCGCUGACCAUUCGCCCACACAGGCACAGGCACGUAUGGCCGAAACCGUUGCGAUCAAUACCUCGCUCAUGACGCUCAAGCAGUGCAUCCGUGCACGCACCUCCCCCGCGCCCUCGGCCAACGGUGCGCCGCCGCACAUUCCGUUCCGAAGCUCCAAGUUGACGCUGGCGCUCAAGGAGGCGUUUGACCUGUAUGCGCGCCAGCCGACGCACACCGUCUUCAUCGCCACGGCCAGCCCGGACCUCGUCGACCAGCCUGCUACGCUCAACACGCUGCGCUAUGCUGCCGCGCUCGUAGCGGCCCCGCAUGCGCGCAUCCAGCUGCAACCCGACCCGCAAGGCCGCAAUAUCUUCUUCUGGACUCCAGCUCGUCUUGCAGAGUGGAUCCUCAAAUACGCCUCGCCCUUUAUCACCCCUGCCAACGUCGAAGCUCUCGUCCAGGGCCAGGACGGUGCGGCAUUCGCACGCGUUCCCAAGCAGCAGUUCUACGCCCGAUUCGCCAAUGCUAUGGACGCGAAGCUGGAGGGCAAGGCAGAAGCAAAGGCCAAGGAGGUGUAUCUCAAGUGGUGGAAGCUCGUCAUCGCCUCGCGCACCAUCUCGCAGAAGGCGCUGGCGGACGAGUGGAAGAAGCGACAUGCGGCCAAGCUCGCACACGAGGCAGAGGAGGAGGGCAGGGAUGCAGAGGUGCAGAGGCUGCUCCGGCUCGAGGCGGUAGCCAAGGCGCCCGAAGGCGUCGGCGCGUAA